AUGACUGAUGGUGGGCCUGCGAGUCCGCGGAAGAUUCGAAUAACAGUCAUCGCCGCGGAUGGUCUUUAUAAAAGAGAUGUCUUCAGAUUUCCCGAUCCGUUUGCUGUUGUCACCGUUGAUGGAGAGCAGACUCGUUCAACUGCAGUGAUAAAGAAAACUUUAAAUCCAUACUGGAAUGAGUCGUUUGAUCUACAAGUUUCCGAGUCAUCAAUAGUAGCCGUACAGAUAUUUGAUCACAGAAAAUGGAAAAAGAAAGACCAAGGAUUUCUCGGCGUAAUCAAUAUCAAGGUUGGGAAUGUAUUAGAUAUCGGGCUGGGUGGAGAAGAAAUGCUCACUCGAGAUUUGAAGAAAUCGAACGAAAAUGUCAUGGUUCAUGGAAAGCUAAUAGUCAAUCUCACCACCAACAUCGACACCCCCAUCAGGGCACCAAACCAAACCACUGCGGUUCGACCGACUUUGCCUGUGCCAGGGGGCUCGAAUAAUGGACAGUCUUCUCCAGCUGGGGGAUCGGUAUAUAACUCAGAUUUGGGUCGGCAAUCAGCAGUCUCUGUGGCCAGCCCAGCACCCCAAAGGGCGCCGUCACAGACGCAAGCAAACGGAGCACCAACGACAGCACAGCUUGCUGCACCCAAUGGGACCGCAAGAAACAUGAGUUCGUUUGAGGACAAUCAGGGACGACUACCUGCUGGCUGGGAAAGACGACAGGAUAACUUGGGAAGAACGUAUUAUGUUGAUCACAAUACUCGAACAACCACUUGGAACAGGCCUUCCACCACAUACAAUGAAACAGAUCAACGAGCUGCCAUGCAACAAAACACUGAUCUUGAGAGAACGAGGCAUCAGAAUCGAAUGCUACCAGAGGAUAGAACUGGUGCAAGUUCUCCCACCCCAUCAGCAUCACAAUCACAAGAAACACACUCGAAUAAUACUAGUCAGGUAUCAAUGAUGGCGACAGGGGCCACUACAGCUGGAACUGGUGAACUUCCUCCAGGUUGGGAACAAAGACACACACCAGAGGGGAGGGCCUAUUUUGUUGAUCACAAUACCCGCACGACAACAUGGGUAGACCCUAGGAGACAACAGUAUAUUCGUAUGUAUGGGAACAAUGCAGGUGCACAAAGUAUUCAACAACAACCGGUCUCCCAGUUGGGACCUUUACCAAGCGGAUGGGAGAUGAGAUUGACCAAUACGGCAAGGGUAUAUUUUGUCGACCAUAACACUAAGACAACUACAUGGGAUGAUCCUCGACUUCCUUCUUCCUUAGAUCAGAACGUACCACAAUACAAGCGCGAUUUCAGGCGGAAGCUCAUUUAUUUUCGCUCACAGCCUGCGCUCCGUAUCUUGUCUGGCCAAUGUCAUAUCAAAGUCCGCAGAAACCAUAUUUUUGAAGAUUCUUAUGCCCAAAUCAUGCGCCAAUCCCCCGCUGAUCUCCAAAAGCGGUUAAUGGUCAAGUUUGAUGGAGAGGACGGAUUAGACUAUGGUGGUUUAUCUAGGGAGUUUUUCUUCCUCCUUUCUCAUGAGAUGUUUAAUCCAUUUUAUUGCCUAUUUGAAUAUUCAGCCCACGACAAUUACACCCUUCAAAUCAACCCCCAUUCUGGAAUCAAUCCGGAACAUCUUGCCUACUUCAAAUUCAUCGGGCGCGUGGUUGGCCUAGCAAUUUUCCACAGGCGCUUUCUGGAUGCUUUUUUCAUUGGUGCCUUCUACAAGAUGAUUCUAAGGAAAAAAGUGGUCUUGGCGGAUAUGGAGGGUGUCGAUGCAGAUUUUCAUAGGAACUUAACAUGGAUGUUGGAAAAUGACAUCACAGAUAUUCUAGACUUGACAUUUUCUACAGAAGAUAGUCGAUUCGGAGAAACCGUAACGAUUGACUUGAAACCUGGCGGUAGUGAUAUCGAAGUCACGAAUGAUAAUAAACGUGAAUACGUUGAUCUUGUCACAGAAUGGCGUAUUGAAAAACGAGUUAAGGAACAGUUUGAUAAUUUUGUUGAGGGAUUUCAUGAGCUCAUUCCGGCAGAUCUUGUCGGCGUUUUUGAUGAGAGAGAGCUGGAGUUGUUGAUCGGAGGUAUCGCAGAUAUCGACGUCGAGGACUGGAAGAAGCAUACAGACUAUAGAGGUUACACCGAGAGCGACGACGUAAUCGUUAAUUUCUGGAAGUGUGUUCGAAGCUGGGAUGCUGAACAAAAGUCGAGACUUCUUCAAUUCACCACAGGUACAUCGCGUAUACCUGUCAAUGGGUUCAAGGACUUGCAAGGCAGUGAUGGACCACGUCGGUUCACUAUUGAGAAGGCAGGGGAAAUCCAGCAAUUGCCGAAGUCUCAUACAUGUUUCAAUCGAUUAGAUUUGCCCCCAUACAAGAGUUAUGAUGUUCUCAACCAGAAACUAUCGUUGGCAGUUGAAGAAACUAUGGGAUUUGGGCAAGAAUAA